GCUCGAUAUUCCUGGAACAUCAUUUAACUUUUCGGAUUUACGGUAGUCAGGACGGGUUUGGAUAAUCCAACAUGAAUAUCCUUGGUAAAAUUGGCAGAGUUUUCCUAAUAGUCUUGAAUUCUAUAUUCUUGAUUCUGGGCGUAGCUGCUUUUAUUGGUGGGAUCGUGUUCUACAACAACAGUGGCGCCACGGGUCCUAAUGUAGCGGAGGUGAUGAACCAAAUCACUAUCGGCAACUUCACACUGGCUAACCUCGUCAAACUCAUCGCUGGUCUUUUCAUCGCUGUCGGAGUCAUCAGUGUCAUUGUUGCUAUCAUCGGAAUCAUCGGAGCCUCGAAACAGCAGAGAGCAUUGCUCAUUACCUACGCCGUGGUCAUCAUCAUCGUCAUCAUCAUGGAGUUAGUUAUUACCGGCGGAGUGGCACAGAUGAAAAAUGAUCUGAAUUCAACAGUAAAGAGACGGAUGCUGGAACUCCUCCGGCCUUACGAAGGAAACCAAGGCAGCGCUCUCACCACGGCCUGGAACUGGCUCUUCAUGACUUUCGACUGCUGUGGAGUCAACCCCCUGAUUCAAACUAAUGACAUGGUGUACACAUUCUGGUGGCGGAACUUCCAAAGGGGUACAGACCAGAUCCCUGGUUUCUGUUGUAGAGACGCCAAUCCUCAGAACGCUCAGUUCAACGCACGUCAAGCCUGUACGAUUGCGCCUACGCCACUCAACUCCUUCGUGGACAGAGGAUGUUUUGAUGUGAUGUACCAGAUUCUGAAUAAGUACAACAUUGAGGCAAUCAUCGGCUGUAUCUUGUUUCUGCUGGUCGAGAUCGCCGCGUUUGUGUUUGCAGUCCUCAUGGCGCGUCAAAUCGGACGCAACGCCAGUAAAAAGAACAUCACGUAAAUUGGAAUAUUUUAUCCGAAAUAUUCACGUGAUGAACAAUUUGAUAUAUCACUUUAUUGAGGCGACAGACAAGUCAGAAAUGGACACGAACUCUCGGACGAAUUGAUGCGAGAACGUGAUGUUGGAACGUAACACGGAGAAUGGACGAUUGGACGAACAAGUAAAACAAGUACAUGUAAUAUCUUAUAAUGAACAAAUUAACAACGACCAACAUGAUGGACAGGUUUAUCAUGGGAAGUAUUUUGGAGAUCACGUGAUGGACUGGUUUAUCGUGGGAAGUAUUUGGGAGAUCACGUGAUGGACUGGUUUAUCAUGGGAAGUAUUUUGGAGAUCACGUGAUGGACUGGUUUAUCAUGGGAAGUAUUUUGGAGAUCACGUGAUGGACUGGUUUAUCAUGGGAAGUAUUUGGGAGAUCACGUGAUGGACUGGUUUAUCAUGUGACGAUCACGUGAGGACUGGUUUAUCAUGUGACAGAUAAUCGAAACAGAGAAUUACUUGACAGAGGAUUAAACCAGGAGAGAAUGAACAUCAUCUGUUAUAUGAGUACAAUAUAGAACUUACUACUAACAAGAUGUAAGACUUUAUAUUAAGAUUACGUAUAGACUUAUUUCCCCUAUUUUAUACUUUUAUAUAUUAUGAAUUGUCUUUUUAUACAUUAAAAUACACCAAACCGAA